GAAGCAACUAUUAUUUUCAUCAACAACUACGCGUUUGAACCGAGUUUGGAUCUGCACAUAAAGAAUAUGCUAGCAGACUGUCAUGUCGGUACGCGUAUUAUCUCUACGAAGGCCUACGCAACGGGCACAAAGCGAGUCAAUAUGCGAAAUCUUGGAGAUGUUGAAUCCAUAAUGGAGGUCACUCAAUUGAAGACGGUAAAGCAGCCAACUUCGUGGACUCCAAAUACUGUGCCGUACUACCUUCACACCGUAACGCACAACAAGAUGAUGAACUUUUUCACGCAAAGAAAAAACGGUGGCGAACUCUCUCGUUCCGUUUCCUCGUCAAGCAAGUCGGGUUCACGUUCCCCAGAUAGCGUGGAGCGCAAUAGGCCUCCGAGAAACGACUCGGCUAAAGUGGAUGAAGGCGAGGACACUCAGGGUGAUAACGACUCUAAAGCGCAUGGCCCUACAACUCGUAACCGUUGGAAAGUUUAUGUCAAUCAAUGCGAGGAAAAGAAGAAAAGGGGCUCUCCAAUGCCUGGAAGCCCACGAUGGAAUGAAGCCGAUACCGAUUACGUGCCUCCAGGUCUAAAGAAGCAGCGCAAGUCCCAUCAUGUUGGAAGCUCUUCACAUCACAAGAGCGAUAGCUCGAAGAAACAAGCUGUUCGUUCACGGCCGGUGGCACGUGUCUCGGAUGAUGCUCGAGAGGGUAUUGAAAAAAUGCACGCGCUCAUCUCCACCCCUCGCCCUGUGGACAUGAAUGUUGGCGAUGGCUUGGUCCGCGUAGACCUACCUCACGCACCACAACCGACCGAAAAAUUGUACAGUGAGGGAGAAGAACUUAAUGAUGGUAAAUCUGUUGUGCGUAUCAUCGACAAGGAGACAGAGGAUGUCCUGUCGGCGAAAAUUCCAAUUGACGCGUUAUGUCUAAGCUACAGAAAUGGAAUUAUGGCAUUCUUGGAAUAUAUGAAAACUCCGAGUUUCCGCCAAGAUAUCGAAAGAGACAUUGCGAAUGAAAGAGCCCGCAACGCUGAAUUACUUGAGAAAGUGCGCCAAGCGAGCAUCGCUGUAGCUGCUCAAAGGUCACAAGGGUGUCUGUGCCCUAUACGAGCGCUUGAAUGA